GUAUUGGUGGAGCAUUUCUUCAAUUUGAUGAAGAUCUCGAAGCCGGACAUCUUUGUGGCAGCUGGCGAGUGUUGCCAGACCUCCCAUGCUGAAGGCUUUUGGGAAAGCAAGGGCCUUGAAGGUUGGCAGCUGCAUGCAGGGAAAGCAGGUCUUGAGGGUUUCUUCGGCGGCAUCGAUGCUUGGCACAAAGCUUGGCCAGGCACAAUGCCCGCCCUGAUUACUGUUGCACGGCACCUGCGCCUUCAUUGCGCAUCACCAGACGAGCACAUUGCGAAGAAUUCGCAGCGGACCAUGGCAAUUUGGGCGGGACGUUUCCAGAUGUCAGCGAACAAAGGUGUUCGGCACUUCUUUGCAAAGGACUUGUUACACUGGCUGAAGCAUGCGCAAGAUGAGGCCCGCACUGAGAUUUGUGUGGCUCUUGCCAAAUGCGGACCUCAUUUACUUGGCCGUUUCAGUCAGGCCUACGUGUGGGCACUGUCGGACCUUUGCGGGACAAGCAGGAACCAAACAUGUCGCAGCAGCGCGCUGCAGGCUCUGCGAGUUUUCAUAGAAUCAGACAAGAACCUGUUCCGGAUGAUUCGCCCCCGCUUGCUAGAUUUGUGGUACUUUGGAACACGCCGCUUUGAUGAUGACAUCCUGAAUUUGGUUGGUGAAAUGGAUUGGCAAGUAACACAGGAGAGGAUGUACAGAGGAUUGCUGAGCUCGAAGUCUCUUGCGCUCAGCAUAUUUGCAAGCUGCCAGUGGAUGCUCAGCAUGGAUCCUUUGAGCAUGUGCCAUGGCGUCGAGAUAGCAGCAGACCAUUCUUGCGAACUAUGCACAUUCAAGGUCUGA